AUGUGGAUGUUAAUUGAUACCGGCGCAUCGGGUACUUGGGUGUUUGGAUCAGAUUGCACUAGCAAAGCCUGUGGAAGACAUAAUACGUUUGGAAAAGAGGACUCGAAGACUAUCAAGGUUACAGACGAGAAAUGGGGAGUUACUUACGGUACUGGUAAAGUUUCUGGUGUCAUUGUCAAUGAUACCAUGUCCUUUGCAGGUUUCGAGUUGGUCAGUCCUUUUGGAUCUGCAUCCACAGCCUCUGAUGAUUUCUUGAACUACCCCAUGGACGGAAUCCUAGGAAUAGGGCCUCAGGAUCCUAGUGCGAAAACCCCAACGGUCGUACAGUUAUUGAUGCAGCAGAAACUUCUCAAGAGCAAUGUCAUUGGUAUUAAUCUCCAAAGAGCCUCCGAGGGUGCUACAGAUGGCCAGAUUACAUUUGGUGAUAUCGACAAGAGCAAGUUUUCCGGCGAGCUGACAUAUUCAAAUGUCGUCCCCAACGGCUAUCAAUGGGAAAUUGCAAUGGAUGACUUGAUUAUGGGUGGGAAGUCCCUGAACUUGAAGGGAAGAACUGGUAUCAUUGAUACUGGAACAUCCUUCCUUAUACUUCCUCCUGCUGAUGCCGACUUCAUUCACUCCAUGAUACCCCAGGCGGAUAAGGGUUCGGGAUUCUACACACUCCCGUGCUCUACCAAGGUUGAUAUCAAAUUAUCAAUUGGCGGAGUCGAGUAUACCAUUCAACCUGACGACUACGUUGGGAAUGAAACACCCACGAAAGGAACAUGCAACUCUCUUAUCGUGGGGCAUCAGGUACUAGGGCCUAAGCAGUGGCUUGUUGGCGAUGUCUUUUUGAAGAACGUUUAUUCUGUUUUCGACUUUGAUAAGAGCCGAGUCGGACUAGCAGCAAGGAAAUAUGGAGGGGCUAAGAAUCCACCAUCUUCCACCCCUACACCAGAUCCUACCUCCAACAAGGUGCCUUUUGGCGGCUCCCCUGGACUACCGGCUGAGUCUGGUUCUGGUUCAACUACUACCACUGGCGAGGCGAGCAAUGGAGCAACCAGCUCUCCCAAUUCUUCAUCAAGUGUUUUAAUACCAACAUGGCCCUCGCUAGCUGUUUUCUUCGCCAUUGGCUCCUCACUCACUCUUUGUGGCUGGAGUUGA